ACCGGAAGACUCCGUGUUUACUGGGUAGCUUUCGCUCCACGUUAGCGCCGCUGAUUCACCAAGAAGCGAACCGGAAUAUAUCUCACGUGUUUUUAACCAACAGUUUGAUCAUAUAUUCUUUUUUUAAAGCACGGGAUUAACCGCGCCGCGAUUGGCACGAUUGCUUGAAAGGCGGAAGUGCUCCUGACGCGCGGAGCAAUGACGAGCUGGCUAACGUAGCGCCGAGGUUAGCUAGCUAGCAGCGGUACAGCCACCACAGUGCACCAGGAUUAAGCGCGGCCAUGGGUGCGGAGAGCAGCGCGGUGCGGAGCUGUACCCUGGAGGAGCCUCUCCUGACCCUGCCCUCCGGACUCACAAUGCACUCGGCCAUGCUCCAGGAUGGAAAGCCGGCAUCCGUGUUUGUUCACAAGCGUGGCAAUGAGGACAAAGUCAACAAAGCUGCUCAGCACCUUAAGACUUUGAGGCACCCAUGUCUGCUCCGCUUCCUGUCCUGCUCGGUGCAGGACGGCGGCAUCCAUCUGGUGACGGAGCGUGUGCAGCCUCUGGAACUGCUGCUGGACAGUCUCUCCCCAGAGGAAAUCUGCGCCGGCAUCUACGACCUCCUGCAAGCGCUUGUGUUUCUGCAUGAGAGGGGCAAAUCGAGCCACAACAACGUCUGCAUCUCAUCUGUAUUUGUCAGCGAAGAUGGUCAUUGGAAACUGGGAGGGAUGGAUACUGUCUGCAAGUUCUCUGAAGCUACACCUGAGUUUCUCGCGAGCGUUCAGAACGUGAGAGAAGCCAGCUGCGUCCCCCCAGAAGAGCAGGUCGAGGGCUUUAAAAUGCUUCCGGAUAAAAAUGCUCACUCUCGGGACUGUUACGCUUUUGGAAAGUUGGUGGAGACCCUCAUGUCUCUCCUGAAUAGCUGUGUGUCACAGGAGCUGUCUGACAGUCUGACGAAGACCCUGCAGACGGGCCUGCUGAACUCUGACCCCUUGUCUCGACCCCCACUGAGCUCCCUGCUGACUCAUGACUUUUUCAGGAAUGACUUUCUGGAAGUGAGGGAUUUUCUGAAGAGCCUGACCUUGAAGAUGGAAGAAGAAAAAAACGAAUUCUUUAAGUUUCUUCUCGACCGGGUCCAGAGUCUCCCCGAAGAGCUGAUAGCUUCACGCCUUGUCCCCAAACUCCUCAACUCUCUUGUGUUUGCAGAACCCAUGGCGGUCAAAAGCUUCCUGCCUCAUCUUCUAAGGCCAAAGAAGGAUUCCAGUGGCGGUGGUAACGAUGAAGAAUGCCUGCUCUCUGUGUCCCUGUACCGUAAGCACGUGAUUCCUCAGAUUGUCAAGCUCUUCAAGGUCAAGGAGGCUCACAUCCGGGUCGUUUUGCUGGCUCACAUGCACAUCUACGCUGAGUUCUUCACCCACGACGAACUCAAAAACCAGAUCCUACCUCAGGUUUUGUUAGGAAUGAGGGACACCAGUGAUUCGCUGGUUGCCAUGACGCUGCAGAGUCUGGCGGUGUUGGUGCCCUUGCUCGGGGCUCAAGUGGUGGUCGGCGGAGAGAGGUCCAAGGUCUUCAAACGCACCACACCCAACUUCACAAGGUCAACAGAGGUCACCCCUGAAACUUCACCUGUCCAUAUAGUUGGAGGCUCCCACCCUCAUGUGGCCCAACCUUCAAAAGUCUUGAAUUUGUUCCCCAGACCACCAGGGACCGAAGGCCUGGUCCUGGGUCACAUGGGCAGCUUAGCAGGGAGUAGAGAGACGCCACAAAGUUACCCGCUGCCAAUAAAAUCAGAUGUCAGUAGACAGAUGUCUCUACCUUUUAAUGGCUUUCGUCAGGAUAGUGAGAUGGAGCCGCUGUCUUCCAGCCCAGAGCAGACCGACAGACGAGAAGGGCCAGUGGAAGACUGGCCUGACUGGAGCGACUCUGAAGAGAACGAGAAAAGAGACGGGCAGGCGGUCCAGAUCCACAUUCAGGCCUCGGAGAGAGAAGAUCCAGUCGCCGGCGGACUGCCACUCUCGCACCCCAACAUGGAAGAGGAGCCGUGGGACAACUUUGAGGAAACCGAACCCACCUCGGAUCAUUCCCCUACGGCUCCUUUAUCAAAACCAGUUAUACUCGCACCACCCAGAGGGGGCGCUAACAGAUCUGUUCAUCAUGCUCCUGAAGCACUGAAACGGGGUUCCUCCAAACCCCUCAAAUUGACCUCAGCACUGCGACAAUCCGCACAGAGCAAGACCGCUUCCUCGUUGGGCGACGGCUGGGCUCAAGAAGAUGGAGACUCUGAGAAAUGGGACAACCCAUUAAACCCCAAGACCAAACCUACAGUGCCACGAAGGAUUGGUGGCAGAGGAGGUCUGGGGGAGGAGUUCACCAUUAAGGUGAAGCGAAAGGAAGCGCCAGACCCAGAGCUGGAUUUGUUUGCAGACAUGGUGCCGGACAUCAAACUGUCCUCUCCAGCUCUGCUGCCGCUGGACGAGAGCAGUGCGAGUGAUGCUGGACCAUCGGAAAACUCUAAAUCUCUGCAGGCGGACUCGUCCGUUGAUACCGUGACGCUCACCGCCAGGUUCGCAGUGGACAACCAGACUGAGACUGAAACGGAUGGCUGGGGUGACGGAGACGACCUGAACUGGGAGGAGGAGGAAGAGAACGCCUGAUGACGUUUGGUCCGUCUGCGUCAUCGGGAGAAAAAUAAACACCACUUGGACUCCAAUCCUCGCGAUGCACCAGAGACAUUCAGUCAUUAAGUUGGUCCAGCAUGAGGCAGUGAGAACGAUAAUGGUGGGCUGAGAUAUUUUUUUAUGACCAUUCUGGUGGUUCCUUGACAUGUUUAGUCUUUUUGUUACGAUAACUUGCUGGACUUGAACAAAUUAAGACUUUUUUUUUUUUAACGGUUUGCCAACUGGUCCCAGUCAAUUCGAGAUGAAAGAGGAUGCUCCUCUAAAGGUGACGGUCAUGUUAUCAUCUCCUUUUUCUUUUUCUAUAUUUAUGUGCGUGUAUAUAAACGUGCCAACUUCUACUGGCAUGCAAAUCAAGAUUAUACUUUUAAGCAAGACAUACCUUGCCAACAUUGUGUUAGAUUUAAAUUACAGAAGGCUUGCACUUUGAAUGAAUGGGAAAUUAAAAUUACGUAAUUUAUUAGCUUUUGGUUGGUGGUGAAGUAAAGAUUUUAUUGUAUAAAAUAUGACUUUCUUUUUUAAUGAGACAUUUAUUAGAUCUUAUGAAGUAAUUGCAAUUGUUUAGGACCAAGUACUGAACUUGGACUUUUAUAAAACAGGCCUCAAUACAGGAACUUUGUACGGCACAAUUUUGAUAAAGUCAGUGAAGACUCCCGUUUGACUUGUUAGUGCUAAAUACAAACAUGGACAAUGGCUUGUAUUCAAACAUGUUUAAUAAACAAUAUCACUCAAAGAAGACCAAAGUAAAUGUUUAAAAAGUGAAGAGUGGCCGCAGCAGCAAAGGGGUGUACAGACUUCACAGGUUCUAGAAAUAAAGGAGGCUGGUAAACAGCUAGGUUGUGUGUCUGGCUGUACUGAUGUGGGUUAUGAGGGUCUGGAGCUCCUGAUGUGGGUUAUGAGGGUCUGGAGCUCCUGCAGUCUGGGUUCCAGCCAUUGUGGAGGCGGUGCUGUGUUGUUGUCUUUGCCCUCAGUGAGCGCCUGAAGGGCUUUCAAAGCGCUCUCGGCUGUCUGGACGUAGCGGCUGUACUCCUCCUCUGCACCGGUCUCCUGCCGAGCUCUCUUUGGGCAGGGCUGGGAGGGAGGAAUAAUUACAGGGAAAUUAUACCACUUUUCAUGGUUACAGUCUCACUGGAGCACGAUUUCAUUUCACAUCAGAUGAGGGCAGAAAUCUUGCUUGUACAAAUGGAAUUUUGCGUUGCUGAGCAGGACAUGUAAAACUUUACUGAGAAAUAUUUUGCUGAAUAAAUUUACUAUUUCCAGUG